GCGGGCGCGGCGCCAGCGCGGGACCUGCGCCCCCCGCGCCCCGAGCCCGCCGCACGCAGAGGGGCCGCGGAGCCCCGCGAGGAGCGCGGCCGGCAUGAGCCAGGUGCCGAGGAAGCUGCCGGAGGAGGAAGAAGGGGACGAGGAGGAGGAAGAAGAGGAGGAGAUCGUGGGCUUGGCGGGCUAUGCCGACGGGGCCGAGUCCUUCUCGGACGGCGACGCGGAGAGCGGCGGCGAUGAGGCGUUUUUGGAUUUCAAUGAUCCCUUCAGUACUGAAGUUAAGCCAAGAAUCCUGCUCAUGGGAUUGAGAAGAAGUGGAAAGUCUUCCAUUCAGAAAGUUGUCUUUCACAAAAUGUCGCCGAAUGAGACUCUCUUCUUGGAGAGCACAAACAAGAUCUGCAGAGAGGACGUUUCCAACAGCUCCUUUGUCAACUUUCAGAUAUGGGAUUUUCCUGGGCAAAUUGACUUCUUUGACCCUACGUUUGAUUAUGAGAUGAUUUUCAGAGGCACUGGAGCACUGAUAUUUGUUAUUGAUUCUCAGGAUGAUUACAUGGAAGCAUUAGCUCGGCUGCAUCUUACUGUGACCAGAGCCUAUAAAGUGAAUCCAGAUAUCAACUUUGAAAUCUUUAUCCAUAAAGUGGAUGGUUUAUCUGAUGAUCACAAGAUUGAAACGCAGAGGGAUAUUCACCAGAGGGCAAAUGAUGACCUUGCAGAUGCUGGACUGGAGAAGAUUCACCUCAGCUUUUAUCUGACAAGCAUAUAUGAUCAUUCUAUAUUUGAAGCAUUUAGCAAAGUGGUACAGAAACUGAUUCCACAGCUCCCAACACUGGAAAACCUGCUUAACAUCUUUAUUUCAAAUUCUGGGAUUGAAAAAGCAUUUUUAUUUGAUGUAGUCAGUAAGAUCUAUAUUGCAACAGACAGCACUCCAGUGGAUAUGCAAACUUACGAGCUCUGCUGUGAUAUGAUAGAUGUUGUGAUUGACAUUUCUUGUAUAUAUGGGCUUAAAGAUGAUGGCACUGGAACUCCCUAUGACAAAGAAUCAAUGGCAAUCAUAAAACUGAAUAAUACAACUGUCCUUUAUUUAAAAGAGGUGACAAAAUUCCUCGCUCUUGUUUGUUUUGUCAGAGAAGAAAGCUUUGAGAGAAAAGGAUUAAUAGACUACAAUUUCCAUUGUUUUCGAAAAGCCAUACAAGAAGUAUUUGAAGUAAGAAUGAAAGUAGUAAGAUCUCGAAAACAUCAAAGCCACCUGCAAAAAAAUAAAAGACCCACUCCCAAUGGGACACCAAGAAUGCCAUUGUAACUGAGGUUUUCUGGCAAUGUGGCAAGCAAAGUUUUCAUGAAGUUGACGUGACUUCUGCAUCUCAUUGCACUGAGUGAAGAGGAAAACAAAUGGGACUGAUGUAUUAUAUGAAUUUUCCCUGAACGUUCAGAAAGCACUGUUUAAAUAUUUUUAUCCAAUCAGUUUUUUUCAUAUAGUGAGCACUUUGAGCAAAAUGUUGUAUAUAUAAACAUUGAGGUGAGCACUUGUAAGAAUUUUCUUAAUAUAUGCUGUAAACCUUUUUCAUGCCAUAUUAAGAAAAAACAGCUGUGACAGAAAUACUGGGUACAUAAUUUGCACUUUUUCAUGUUUUUCUUGUGGACUUGGACUUUGAUAAACUUAGUUUUUAUGGUGAUUUUGAUGCAUGGUGUCAGGUAAAAUGUAUGCUGUAGUUUAUUUACCUGCUACAAUCAAAUUGGUUAGUAAACAAUUAAGAAAACUUGGUACAAUGCCUUUUUAAAUUUGUGACAGCUAAUACCUAACAUUCAUACAAAUCUAAUUUCAUAUAUUUUUCAAUUUGUAAACUGAAAAAUAAUAUUGAAGUAUUACAGCAAUAAGCACCUUACCAGGGAUCAUAACUGGUAAGUAAAUAUUAGCUUUUAUAAAACAGGCUUUUGGCCAAAUUUCAUCCGGAGUUCUCCUUAACACUGGUCAUGCCCUCUCUUGGGUCUGGUUUUAUUAUUUACCUCAGCAUAUACCACUAAAAUACCUUUCUAUAAAGAUGAUUGUUUUGUAAAAUGGCUCUAUGUUGCACUGGUAUUUUUAUAAGGCUUCAGAGGAGUAUGUUGUAUCUGUAUGGCUGGAUUUACAUUGCUAAGUUUGUGUUGAGAGCCUGUACAUGUACAGUUGGUGCAAUGAAGAAUCUGUUUGUAUUUCCACCCUGGCAUUCUGAUGUACUGAUAAGUCAUAAAGGUGUGAGCACUGGGUUCUGAUUCCCUCUAACAGGGGUACAUCUGUGAUUGAAAUCAAGACGAGACCAUUAAAAUGAGGACUGGACAAUAUACCUGCUGUAAUAA